AUGGCCGCCACGUCUUCGGAAGCGUCAAAAAGGCAGCGCCAAAGUAAAGCAUGCGCGCGCUGCCGGAAAAGAAAAAUUCGAUGUGACUUGAAUUACCCGAGCUGCGGUGCAUGUUUCAAUGCAGGGGCGACGUGUUUGGGCUUCGAUUCCCUCCAUGGGACUGACAAGCCCCGGAGCGUGGCUCGCCACCUGGAAGAGCGAGUGGCUGCACUGGAACUCGAACUAGCAGAAAUUAAGAGCCGCAACUCCAACAUCCUGGACAACGUCGAUAGCGCGGUGGAGAGACUCGCAUCCCGCCUGGCGACAGCAACUGCCGGACCGACUGGACGAUCCCGUAGGCCGGAGUCACUCCUCCCUCUUGAUUCCGAAUACUUUCUCUCCGAUUCACCAGUACCACCGUUCAAGGGGCAUGCUUUGGAUGGCAUGAAGCCUGCUGAGCCAGCAGUCACGACGCCGCGGCCAGUCGAGAUUUCUUCAAUUCCUCGCCAUGUCGUGGACGCAUUGUUGAAGCACUACUGCGAGACCUAUCGCCCACAGUACCCCUCGAUUGGAGAGGAAGAUCUCUACAGAGCCCGAGACAGAGUGUAUGAAGGCCCACAGCUCAUCGGGUACGAACCCUUUGUUGUUUGUAUUACGUUGGCUAUUAGCUCGAACACUCUCGUCCAUAUCGAUGAGCAAAGGGCAGCAAUAACCACGUAUGGUCUGUGGGCCACCGCUGUUGGACACCUACAACAAGUCGGUACCACAAACUCGUGGGAACGUCUGCAGGCCCUACAACUCCUGACACAUUACGGCUUUUUAAAUCCUCAGCAUGUGAGCGUCAGUCACUGUGCCGCUGCGGCCAGUAGACUGGCAUUGCAACUUGGUCUUCAUGAAGAACUGCCAAUCUCAAUGCAGGCCGAGCUAAGUUCGGAAAUAUUAAACACCCGGCGGAGAAUGUUUUGGAAUGCAUUGAAUAUUGAUGCCGCGGUUCACAUUGUCCGUUGUGAACCUUUCAAAUGGUCGAAACCUGAAAUCCUGGCCAAGUUUCCCGACUCCGAGUCUCGAUCAAUGCCUACUCACUCUGCGCACAUGUGGUCACUUAGGGAAAUCGAGUGUGAUAAUACCUUGGGGUUGUACUAUCCUAAUUUGACACCUGACGCCUCCGAAGUGAACACUUCCUUCGAAUACUUUUAUACAAAUAUACAGACCCGACUGGAUGAGUGGUAUCGCGCCGUUCGCCAAAGCAUCAAUCUCACGGAGAAGAUUGAGUUCCAUGAGUUGCUAUUUCAGGGCCAAGUUCUGAGGUUGAAUCGACCUUCUCCGCGAUGUCCUUACCCAAACGAAGAGAUGAGCAAAAAGGCCAUCAAAGCAUCGAUAGCCCUUAUAAAAGAGUUCACUGUGCUGCAACGCUUAGGUAAGAUGUUCAUGAUUUGGCAUGCUGCACACACUGCUAUCGAAGCCGGUGUCUAUCUUCUCUCGUCUGCUUUGAUGGGGAUCGAAUCCGAAGAUCAAGACCGUCAACACCUAGGUGGCGAGGACAUUAGGAUCCUCAUUAGAUAUAUCAAAAUGUUCCCAAGUCUCAUCUGGAAAAUAUCCCACCGAUGGCCAAGCAUAGUGCCCCACGCCUCUCAGCUGGAAUCGAUUUCCACCUCAGUGUUGGAGUAUUUACAACAAUGGUCAGACGGACAAGACUCAUGGAGAACCGAGUCUACGUUGAUAAAGGAAAAGCUUGAGCAAAUGACCCUAUUUGUGCCACCAUCAUCGCAAGAACAACUUCCCCCACAAACGACAGGUAUCUCUCAGACAUUGGGGAUUUCAUCUCAUUUGCCCGAACAAAUUGCUCCGAUUCUAGGGCCUGCUGGGGUCCAAGCUCCAGGCAACCAAGAGAUCAUUUCAAUCGACCGUGCCUGGGUUGAAGGUCAACCUGGUCUAGAUCAGACAUUUGCGAGUUUUCCCGAAUCCUACUCCAUUGACUACGGUGAUCCGAUGACGUGGGACUUUUCUGGGAUAGCCUCAGAGGAGAUUUUUGCUGCAUUAAUGUACGGGGGACAGUCUUCUGAUAUGAAUGAUUUCAUUUGA